ACAAUUAACAAAUUGUAGACAUCUCUAAUGUUUAAAUUUGAUAUACACUCAAUUUGUCGCACUGACCAUUGGUUUUAGUAAAAAAAAUUUGUUUCGAUUUUCUGCACCAAAUUUUAUUUAGACGAGAGCAACCUUGUAAUUUUGGCAGAGAUUUACAAAGAGCACACCUGCCUCUGGAAUGAAACGGACAUCACAUAUAGAUUUAAAAAUAGGCGCGAGGAAGCUAUGCGAUUUGUAUGCGAAAAUUUUAAUAACGAAACUGGUUUAAAUAUGACGCAAAUUGAUCUAGAGAAGCAAGUUAUGAGACUGCGAAAAUUGUGUUCUUUCGAAAAGAACCGAAAACUAAUAGCCAAAAGAAAAAAGUUGAAAUAUCAAGCAAAAUUUGCAUAUUCCGAACAUCUUGAGUUUCUCGAAAAGGAUGUUGGACCUUUCGAAUGCUCGAUAUGUAAAAAAGUAAUACGUGGUCCUGAUGCCUUUAAAGUACAUUUUGCCGCACAUGAUGGCUCGUUACCAUUUAAAUGUGACAUCUGCGGGCAUGGGUUUCAGCUGGCGUGUAAUUUAGCAGUACACUUACGUAGACAUGUACAUGACUACACUUUCAGUUGUGGAGUAUGCAACAAACCCUGCGCCACGUCCACGGAAGUGAAGAUUCAUAUGCGUUCCCACACCGAUGAGAAGCCAUUCGUUUGCGAUUUUUGUGGGUACAGAACACGAACAUCUUCACAUCUUUUAACACAUACACUGCGACAUCAGAAACGACCUCGUCACAAGUGUAAAUUAUGUCCUAAAACCUUUUACGAAACUGGUUCUUUAUACGAACACAUGAGUAUUCACCGGAAUAUCAGAGAUAAAAUAUGCGAGAUAUGCGAUAAAGGUUUUACUACCAAUAAACAAUUACGCCAGCAUCAGCUCAUCCACAACGCCGAGAAAAAGUACUCAUGCAAAAUCUGUGAAAAGCGUUUUGCGCAAUAUGCAGGUCUCAGUGGGCAUAUGAAAACGCACGGAAACGUAAAUUCGAAGUAAAAUAUAUUGAUAGCUUGAAAUAAAUAAGAAAUAAAACAAAAAAUAAGUCUUCAAUUAGGUGAGUGGUUGAGAGUCCAAUAAACCAGAAAAUGACUUAUGUCAUUUAAUUAUUCAUCGAAUGUUCUAACAUAACCAAAUACCAUAUUAAAUGAAAUGCUCUCUUGAUUCAAAUAACUUAAAGGUGAUAGUCAAGUUAAAAACAAAUGAGAAAAUAUUUCCUAGAGGGGAAAUAGCAUUGUUAAUGUGCUAUUUUAAUUAUUGAUAAUAUCUUCAUUCGAUGACGUGAUAUAUUUUUACUCCUUAAAAUUUCCAUUUCUAUUCUACAAUGUAAACAAAUAAAGUUUACUUAACUUUUACGUUUUUUGUAAGUGAAAGCAAAUUCAUUAAUUAUAUGCAUUUUCUGCUGAAAAUUAAGUUUAGAAAAUAUGAAUUACGAAUAUUUUAAAAGAGAAAUUUAUUUUUAAUAACAAAACUUUGCAGGAGGUAAAUAAAAUGUUUUUUCUUUUUUUUUUUUUAGUAUUUAAAAAUAUAUACACUUCAAAUCACGUUCUUUGUUAAGUAAUUAUACCCUGAACAGGGUAUAUUUAGUUUGCCACGAAACACCCAGAAGGAAACCUAUAAAAUAUAUACAUAAAUGAUCAGCAUGAUGAGCUGAGUUGAUUUAGCCAUGUCCGUCUCUCCGUCCGUUUGUAUAUAUGCAAAUUAGUCCCUCAAUUAUUAAGCUAUCGUCCUGAAAUUUUGCACCUGUUCUUUCCUCACUAAGAAACUGACCACUAUAGCGUAUAGCUGCCAUACAAAUUGAACGAUCGGAAUCAAGUUCUUAUAAGGAGCCUUUGUAUUUGUGAAGGGUAUUAAUAGCUUCGGUGCAACCCAAAUAUUUUAAAAAUGUAAGCAGUAAUGAGCUCAGUGUAAUUUAUUUUUUUGUUGAUAAUUUUGUUUACGAGUACAUUUGGAUAAUAUCCUCUCUUUGAAAGUAAGAUGCAUAUUAUUUUCAUGGAUAAUUAUUACUAUAUUUCGUUUAAAUUUUGAGAAAAAAAUAAUGAAUUGAUAUGUACAACUAUUUGAUAAUACUUUAAUUUUGUCGAAAGUAGGCGUAACAAAUCCUUCACUAAUACACAAUGGCUUACAGCCAAAAUGAUGCAGUAAUGAAUGAUAAAGUGCUACGUAAAACUUAUAUUCAUUAAAACAAAA